AUGGCAGCAGCAAUGGAGCACUUCAGGGAAAGGCAGGUGGACCAAUCGUAUCAUCGGCGACGUAUUCAAAUGGUACACGGCGAGGUGUCAUACCACCUAGCCCAGGUGCUGACGGGCCACGGGUGUUUCGGUACGUAUCUACACAAAUAUUGUAACCAGGCGACAGACGCGUGUGCGCAAUGUGGUACAACGCCAGACACUCCAGAACAUGCCGUGUUCCAGUGCGACGCCUGGCACAAAUGGCGGACGGAAGCCUGCGUCUACUUGGAAGUGGACAACAUAACGCCGGAGAAUACAACAGCCAUCAUGCUGAGCUCGACAAACUCAUGGGAGAGAGUCAACUCCCUCUUCACGAGAAUCAUGAUGUGCCGAGAACGAGAGGAACGCAGGGUGCAGCGAGGCGGAGUAUGA